AUGGCGACUUGGGAUGAUCGAGUUCGGUAUUUUGAACUGAUGGACAAAGGGGACGACGGUUCCAACACCGGCAUUGCCACCACAGCACCUUGCCCUGCCGACUAUGAGGUGGGCAAAAGCUACUGGAUUGAAGAGUAUCCGAUUGAUUUUGAUUGCCGCUCAGCUCCUCUUCCAGAGGAGGACGUUGAUGUGGUUGUCAUCGGCUCGGGUAUCACCGCAGCAGCGGUUCUUCAUAAUCUUGCUGAAAAGAGGCACGAUCUCAAAGUCGCUGUUGUUGAAGCUCGAGGAAUAUGCUCCGGUGCCACUGGCCGCAACGGGGGCCACUUGUGCCGUGCCGAGGGUACUGAGCUACGCAACCUCGUUGAGGAGCUGGGUUUCGAGGAGGCUGUACGCCUUUCGAACUUCGGCGUCCGAAACCGUGACUUGACGCUGAGCGCGAUUGACAAGCUCGGAAUCCAAGACAAGGUUGACCUGGAACUCACCGGUACACGAGUGGUCUUCGCAUCCGAGGAAGAGAAGAAGACAUAUCUGGAAGAGCUCGAUUUCGCUGAGACCCAUGGCCUCAAAUUCGAGGGUCACUAUCUGAAGCCUGAGAAGCUUGUCGAGGAAAGCAACAUCGCGCUUGAGAUGGGCCAGUUUGGGGCAGCUUCACUUGACAAGUCGGGAACCAUCUUUCCCCGCAAACUUGUUGCCGAGCUGCUGCGAGAUGCCAUAAGACGCAUGCCGGGAUUAACAAUUCAUCCCUACAAUCCUGUGCGCUCAGUCGAUAAGAUAUCCGUACAGACGAGCCACGGCUCGGCCCCUUCCUAUACAACCACCACGGACAACGGCAUCAUCCGCAGCCGCGCGGUUGUCCACGCAACCAACGCUUAUGCCAGCUAUUUGAUACCUUCUCUCAGAAACUCCAAUGGCGUGGUCGGGUGCAAAGCCGAAUGCAUCGCGGUCAAACCAAACGUCGCCCCUAGCGGCUCAAGCAACCCGCAUGGACUUCGCGGCGGACUGGGGUUCGACGAGUUCGGGCACUACAUCAUACAGCGUCCAAACAACGGCCCUUUCAUCUACGGCUGGUCCACCUGCGAGAAGAUUGGCGAAUAUGACGACAAUACCCCGUUGUCGUGCGAUGAGAAUCAGAAGCCUGCCGGGCAGGACGUCAUGACUGACCUCCUCGAAAAAGGGUUCCCCCACAGCUUUGGAGCAGUAGAUCUACAACGCGACGUCAGCCACCGGUGGUCGGGCAUCCAGGGUUUCACGAAGAGCGGAGCAAGUCUUGUUGGUCGGCCUUCUGAAGAAAGCCCAGGGGAGUUCAUGUCGGUGGGCCACAACGGCGAAGGUAUGGGCCGUUGCUUUGCAUGCGCCACUGUCAUGACGGAUAUGCUCGUCCACUACUUGGAUGGCAAGAAACAUGACACAUGGUCACGCCCGGACUGGUUUCCCGAGUCUUUCUUGUACGGUUUCUAG